AUGGAUCAAUCAUAUCCUUUAAUUAAACCAAAUCAAGAAAUUCUUAAUUAUGAACCAACUGCAGAUGAGAAAAAGACUAAAAUUGGAAAAUAUACAAUAAGAAGAUUAUUUGAAGGAGAACUAGAUGAAUAAGAUAAUGCAGCAAUUAAUAAAUUUCUUGAAGAAGCAGGUCCUUUUCAAAAUCCUAUUUGGACAAGACCAUAAAUUUUAAGAUUCUUAUAAGCUAAUAAUUUUAAGAAGGAUUAAACAGUUUAAACUAUGUAAUAAUAUGAAGAAUGGGUAAAAACCUUACCAAUUAAUUACGAUUAAUAAGUUGAAUAAUUUCUGGUAUUUUUUACUAUAAUAAUAAAUAGAAAGCUGGAAUUAUAUAUAUUUAAGGAAGAGAUCAUUCUUAUAGACCUAUUAUUGUAUUGAAUGCAUAUAAAGUUAAUUUUAAUGAAAUGAGUCUUGAAUAAUAUUUAAGAGGAUUGACAUACUUUUUGUAAGUAGUUGUUAAUGAUAUGAUGGUACCAGGUAAAGUUGAAAAUUGGGUAAUCUUAAUUGAUCUCGAUUAUAAAGGAAUGAUUGGACUUUAAAUUAAUGUAUAUCUAAUUAAUUAUUAAUUUUCCUAGGCCUUAAAGUAAGUGAUGUCCUAUUUACAAAAUAACUAUAGAUCUAGAUUGUAUAGAAUGUUUAUUUUUAAUACAACUAUGAUGUUAAAUGUGACAUGGAAUAUGGCUAAAUUAUUCUUGGAAGAGAUAACUUAAUAAAAAAUUAUAUUUGUUAAAGGAGAUGUAUUUAUAUUAUUAAUUUAUUUAGGUAAAAUAACUAUUUUAAUCUGUGAAUAAAGAAUAAAUUGAAGAGAAGUUUGGAGGAACAUAAACAAAUAGAGUUGAAUUCUGGCCUCCAUCAAUUAUUAGUGCAAACUUCAGAAAGAAUGCUUGA